UCUUCAGUGCUCUACGGUGCUCUGCUGUGGUUAUGUCUUAUUGAAGUAUGUUACUUAUAUUUUUUGCUCGAAAAGUUCUCGCCAUGCCUCGAGUUCUGACGAAAACACUAUAGAAAUUUAAAAGAGUUCAAUGCCAUCGACUUGAUCAGGAAUAGAUGACAUUUACCACAUUUUUCAUGAUGGAGCUAAUUUUUUUCUAACUCGAAUAACAUGUGAUAUCAUUGACGAUCAUAUCGAUUUUCAAUUACUUGCGAUAGCAAGCAACCUGUUAAAAACGUGAAAGAACAUAUGGCCGGUCAGAGUUAGGCCAAGUAUAACCUCAACGAGAAUAAUCAGAAUGUUUAACUUUAGGCUGUGAAUAGUGUAUAAUUAAUAUAAUUAUUUUUUAAAAUGAAAUUGCUGUCAAAAGUUAUUGACCGGGAUGGUGACGGUAACGUCACUAUGAUCCCAGAAGAACCAGAAGAUCUAUGGCAUGCAUAUAAUCUAAUAAGUGAAGGAGAUUCUGUACGUGGAUCUACCAUCAGAAAAGUACAGACGGAAUCAUCAACUGGAAGUUCUUCCAGCAAUAGAGUGAGAACUGUGCUAACAAUAAAAGUUGAAUCUAUAGAUUUUGAUACACAAGCUUGUAAACUGAGAUUGAAGGGACGAAACAUCGAAGAAAAUCAGUAUGUCAAGAUGGGUGCUUAUCACACAUUAGAUUUGGAGCAGAACAGAAAAUUCACACUUUUCAAGUCAGAGUGGGAUUCAAUUGCAUUGGAAAGAGUGGACACAGCGUGCGAUCCUACUCAGAGCGCUGACUUGGCUGCAGCCAUAAUGCAGGAUGGAAUCGCUCAUAUUUGUCUUUUGACUUCCAACAUGACUCUGGUUCGGGCAAAAAUAGAUCAAAAUAUCCCAAGAAAACGUAAAGGAAACGUAUCACAACACGAAAAGGGGUUGGCUCGCUUUUACGAAAGCGUAAUGCAAGCCAUUUUACGCCAUGUUAAUUUUGACAUAGUAAAGUGCGUCCUGAUUGCUAGUCCAGGUUUUGUCAAGAAUCAAUUUAUGGACUAUAUGCUCCAAGAAGCUUCAAGGACCGAUAAUAAAGUUAUCUUAGAUAACAAGGCCAAAUUCAUGCUUGUGCACGCAAGUUCUGGCUUCAAACACUCGUUGAGAGAGGUAUUGGCAGAUCCAGCAGUUGUGAGUCGUGUGGCUGAUACUAAAGCAGCAAGUGAAGUCCGAGCAUUGGAAGCGUUCUACACGCUCUUACAAACUGAAUCAGCACGAGCAUUUUACGGAAAAAGACACGUUGAGAAAGCCAACGAGGCACAGGCAAUUGAGACCUUGCUAAUUUCGGAUAAAUUGUUUAGAUGCCAAGAUAUAGCAUUGCGGAAACAAUACGUUAACCUAGUAGACAGUGUCCGAGAAUCCGGUGGCGACGUUAAAAUUUUCUCCAGCAUGCAUGUGUCGGGUGAACAAUUGGAUCAAUUAACCGGGGUGGCUGCGUUACUACGGUUUCCAAUGACGGAAUUAGAAGAUGAAAGUGAAGGAAGUGAAUCGGAAAACGAGGGAGAAGAGUAAAACAAACUCACGUGUUAUAGGUGUCCUUUUUCAAUCAUGUCUGAAGGUGUGAUCGAUAUAACAUAUUUAUCUAGGUUACUAAUUAAUUGAACUUAGGAUGGAAUUAUUUAUUAUUGAACGUAUAUCCAACCUACUGGCAAAUGAAUUAUUUUAAUACAAUGUAUAUUGCGGAUUGUACAUCAGCUUUCCAAUGUUAAUGGAUAGAUAAUUAUCAGUUGAUGUGGUGACUAGUACCAUUCAAUAUAUUACUUACGAUACUA